GCCCCCGUUUUCUUGCCUCCCGUUCCUCUUUCCUUUCUUCCCUUCCGUUCAUCACCUGCAAAUUCUUGGUUUUUGUCUUCGAUCGUGGGUGGAGAUAAGAUCGCUGCGUCACUGCCACCCUCGCGUCGCGGGCAGAGCAGGAGCCUUUUUCUCCACCUUGUUAUUUCUCGUGUGUCCCCCUUGUUUUCUAUCACUUGCUGUUUAUAAUUAAGGUCCAGCAAUGUCGUCGUCGUCGCCGGACGAGGUGCUCGCCAGGAAGGGCCGCCUCAAGCAGCGCUACGACAACGAGUACCGCCUCGUCGCAGGGUGUGUCCCGUACAGGGUGAAGAAAGACGAGGGGAACCCUUGCAGCCUCGGCGAUGACCGGGGGCAGGUCGAGGUGCUCAUGAUUUCCACGCCCAAUCGCACUGACAUGGUCUUUCCAAAGGGUGGAUGGGAGGACGACGAGGAUGUCUACCAAGCGGCGUGCCGCGAGGCAAUGGAGGAGGCCGGCGUCAAGGGCAUCAUCGAUAGAACUACCUUGGGACAUUGGGUGUUCAAGAGCAAGAGCAGCCAGCAGAGCAGCAGCCCGAGGGGAGCCUGCAAAGGCUAUAUCUUCGCGAUGGAGGUCAUUGAGGAGCUCGAGUCAUGGCCUGAGCAGGCAACCCACGGCCGGCGAUGGGUUUCCCCUGGUGAAGGCUAUCAGUUGUGUCGGUAUGACUGGAUGCGCGAGGCACUCACCGCACUGCUGGAGCGAUUCUCGAUGAUCGAAGCGGUAGGGUCAGCGCAGGAACUGACUGAUCAAAACGGUGUGUACAUGAUGUUGCAGACGACAUCGGACGGCGCGGUUGCACUGUGCUGAGCAUGCCGCUGCUCAUUCUGCUGCUACAGCAGUUAACUGGUGAAUGCAGCUAGUUAGCUCUGUCACCCCUUUCAAGUGCAAUGCAAACAUGGCCAUCAGAAAAAAACAGAAACUCUGAUCCCUUGUUUAAAUCUUUCCGUUCUCUUUCUUGAACACGUAGUGGUUGUCCUUAGUGUUUGUAGUUGUUUCCAGCAACGGCUGCACGCCUGCACAUGUAUAUGAUCAUCUUAUGGCCUGAGAGAACUAAGUGCAGGCAAUUCCAGCUACAACAUGGUAUUGCUUAGCUUCA